UUUUUUUUUUUUCUUCAAAUUCUUUUUUACUUGUACUACUUUUACUUGAGUAAUAUUAUUUAUUUAUGUUUUAUAUUUGGCUUUGACGUCCUAAUAACUCAACGCUGUAGGUCACAUUAAAUUCUACAUAAACCUCAGAAAGUUGACGCCUAUUUUUAACCCGAGAAAAACUCCGCCUUCCGUGAUUGGCCGUUGGCAUUGACGCAGUCUGCAGUGUCCUGUCGCGACAGGAUAAGACGCCUGUCGGUAUUUGUCACUCAACCUCAUCACCCAAUCAUAAACGAGCGCGGACCGUCGUUCCCGCCUAUUACUCGUGACGCAAUUAAUCACGUGUUGUUUGUGCUUUGGCCCGUAGACUUGUGUACAGGAGGAGAAGGGAGCGGGUUGCUAACAACUAGCAGGAGAAACAAGCUUGAACGUGGCCAUGCUCCACACGGUAGGCUUUAUUUCUUAAAACCAAGCCGAAGUGCAAUAGUUUGUUGGGCGAAACGAGGGCGAAAGGACACGUUUUGGACUGAAAUAAUAAAGAGCAGCCACUCGGCUAAAAGUGCAAAGCUGAGCGCUGCGUUAGCUGGCCUAGCUGGACUCGGGAGCUCGUCUCCCGUCACAAGAAUGGGGUCGUGGUCCACUUGGAUUAGCUUGCAAGUAAAGUGACCUUUGAAUGCAAUCUCGGAUGGCCAAUUUCACCAAUUACCAAGGAGGCAAGCCUGUAAUGUUGGUGCUAGAGACGCAGCAGAGGAACGCCGCGAACGUAGACGGUUCGGCCGGGGAACCCCAUUCCCCGUUAAUGAACAUCAGCGGCGGCUCACGUUCCCAUCAGUUGCCGCCCUCUUACCAUCACCACCACUUUGAGCCGCAGUAUCACUAUGAGUUGGCGUCGCAUCUCCAUCUUCACCCCAAUCUCUCUGCGGACGUCGCAGAGGAGUCCCCGGGGCGAAAAUCGUCAUCGCCCCCCGCUGCCAGCGCCAGCCAAGUUUACGCAGCCGUCGGCUCGUCCAACUCACCAGACGCAGCCGACGACAUCCGAAAGUGUGGCUACCUACGAAAGCAGAAGCACGGACAUAAGCGGUUUUUUGUACUUCGGGCUUCCAGCCACCUGGGUCCCAGCCGGCUGGAGUACUACGACAGCGAGAAGAAAUUCCGAAGCAGCCUACGCGGGGGAACCGUGGGACCUUCUUCACCGAAAAGGGUGAUUUACCUCUACCAGUGCUUCACUGUCAACAAAAGGGCCGACUCCAAAAACAAACACCUCAUUGCUCUUUACACUAAGGAUGAGUACUUCGCUAUUGUAGCAGAAAACGAGCAGGACCAGGAGGACUGGUACGUAGCUGUCAGCGAAUUGAUGAGCGAGGGCAGAAAGGGGCAUUUGAUCGCGGACGAUUUAGACGACGGAUACGGUACGGUCACCCCCGGUACGGUUUUCAAGGAGGUGUGGAAUGUCAACGUCAAACCCAAAGGUCUGGGUCAAACUAAAAACCUCACUGGCUUGUUUCGCCUUUGUCUCUCAUCCAAAACCCUUCACCUGGUCAAGCUGAACUCCGACACCCCCUGCUUUAACCAGCACUUGAUGAACAUCAGGCGCUGCGGACACUCGGAAAGCUUCUUUUUCAUCGAGGUGGGUCGUUUUUCGUCGACCGGACCGGGGGAGUUGUGGAUGCAGGUGGACGACUCGGUGGUGGCUCAGAAAAUGCACGAGACUAUCCUGGACACGAUGAAGGCCCUGAAGGCAUUCGCCGAACUCAGGCCGAGGAGUAAGAGCCAGUCGUCGGGUUCUAACCCCGUGUCGUUUAUCACCACGCGUCGCCACCUGAGCAAUCUCCCGCCGAGUCAGACCGGGCUGCAGCGGCGGUCCAGGAUGGAGUCGCUUGUGGGAACGCCGCCGUCCAGCAAGAGCUCCGGCAGCAGCGGUUAUCGCUUCCGAACAUCUAGCGAAGGGGAGGGGACUAUGAACCGGCCGUUUCGUUCCAUCACGGGAAGCCUGCUCCACCUCAGUUCGGCGCGUCCUCAUCACAUCCGCGCAGAGGGAGGUCCGACCUCGAGUAGCGGUGCACCAACAGGAAGCGCCGGGGGCGGGCGCAACGUUCGGGCCGCUCCUGGUCCUUCGUCCUCAACUCACAAUUCCCGCUCAGCUUCUUUGCCGAUGUCUCACUUCCCUUCCACCACGAGCCCCGUCAGCGUUUCCUCCAGCAGCGGCCACGGUUCCGUCUCCGACACGCUGACCCGCCCGUCCAGCGCCUCAAUAUGCGGAUCUCCAUCCGACGGCGGCUUCAACUCCUCGGACGAGUACGGAUCCAGCCCCGGUGACUUCAGGUACUUCCGCGUCCGCAGUAACACCCCCGAUUCCCUGGGUAACACCCCUCCGAUCAGAGAGGAGAACUGCCUGAGCGACUACAUGGCCGUGGGCUGGAACAGGGAGGUGUUCGGCACCAGCGCCGGUUCCUGGAGCAGCAGCGGCGCCGAAACGACUCGAGACGAGAGCACGUCAACCACCGAGGACGAGCGCGUUACGUCAUCUUCGCAAAGGAGGAGGAGAAGCGGCGGGCCCGGAGUGCUGGUGAAUCCCAAAAUAACUCAAACCCAUUUUUCGUUAGAAGAAGGGGCCGAUGCCACGUUCGGCACGGGGCUCCGCCGCGGGGGCCCGACGUCGUCUUCGUCCUCGCUGCGCUCAGACUACAGCUCCUGCUCCGAGCACAGCCAGCAGAGUCGGCCCUCGGCGCCAUCCCAAGCGGAAUCCGGCGGCGAACAACCUUCAGCCAAAGAAGACAGCGGCUACGUGCCCAUGAUGUGCGGCGUGGCGACGUCGCCGAGAGACACGCCUUCUGACUACAUGCCGAUGCAGCCCAGCUUUCAGGUUUCCCACACUCAUGUGUAUCACAGCCCCGCUGUGGCUCCCCGGUCAGCCCAGCGCCAGUCACAGUCAUCCACCGACACCCACGGCUACAUGAUGAUGCUCCCAGGGUGCGGCGGUAGCUCUCCCUCCCCUGUCCAGGCUACCCACGGCGGGGCCAGUGCGAGCGGCUUUGACGCCAGACCCGACAACGGACAAUACAUGGACAUGUCAUCCAGCACGGGUGGGAACCGCAAGCCGGAAAGCGCCGUCGGGUAUUACCCCAACACCCCCGCCUGGAGGUCUUUCAGCCCUUAUUUCUCCCUGCCCCGCUCCUACAAGGCCCCAUCCAGAGAGAGGGAUGAGAAGGAGUACGACGACUACGUUCCUAUGAAUUCCCCUGCCAAGCCCGUCCACCAUUCAGUCCCCGCGCCUGAGAGAAGGGGCGGUAGUUCCGCCAACAUACCGCCGCAUCCGCCCCCACCUUACGGAGCUCACCACACGGUUGCCGACAGCCGCGUCUCGAGACCCAACCGGCUCCCUUUAGGCAGGAGAAGUUUCCACGGUCCGCUGCGAGUCGGCGAGCCCGCCGCCUCGGCCCCCGCCGCCAGCACCUCAUCUGAUAGGCCUCCGAGUCCUGGGGAAUAUAUCAAUAUUGACUUUGGUGAUCAUUAUCCCCGUCAGCAGCAGGCCCCUCCUUACGCCCUUUCCACUCAAGACGAAGAGACAUCCUCAAGGGACUACCGUCAAACCCCACCCUUGCCCCAAACCAGUCAGGAUUAUAUGAGCAUGGAAACUGGGCGUGACCAUCAGGAAAGCAACGAGCGCCUGGGUAAGAGCGUCUCACCCCGACCCAGCCUCGUGGCACCCUGGAACCCGCCCAGCUAUAUCCGACCCUUGGCUACCAAUCCUAGCGCUCUUGCCUCUCCGGCCGGAAGUCACUGGGGGUCUGCGGGUGACGACUACACCGUUAUGACAUUCAGCAAGGGCGACAGGAUUCGCACUAGCCCCACUGCCAUGCUGCAGCAUCUCUCCGUGAUGGAGGACCGCUACAGUCACGACGCUGUAUCCCCUACGUUACCCCCGAGGCUCCCGGAAAGGCCGCCGGAGCCAAAGGUCAUCCGGGCCGACCCGCAAGGCAGGAGGAGACACAGUUCCGAAACCUUCUCUUCCACUUCCUCCCCGGGUUCGACGCCUUCUACCAACCACCCGACACUGGUGACCUCAAACAGUUCGCACUUGCCAGACGGCCAAGCCUCCAGAUGCGCGGCCUCGGCGUCCUUCGACAGCGUGUGGAUGUCCGUGAAAAGCCACGGGGAUCCUCCGGUCGACGAGUUCUACGCGGCAGGAACGGCGACCGUCCCUUCGACUUCCUCCGGCAGAAUGUACGCAAACGACAUGUCGGCAGAAUACCAAAACGGCCUUAACUACAUCGCCUUGGAGCCGAAAGAGUCCGCGGAUGUCGGAGAGAGCGCCGCGGUACCAGAAAGCGAGGCCUACGCCAGUCUGGACUGCCCCAAACCUGAUGCGGUUUCCUCAACAACUAAGGACUGAGCGGUGACGAGCCCCCCCAAGACCGACUGGACAUUGUCGUGGAUGCGGUUGACAAGACAGGAAAAAAACGCUUGCAUUCUUUUUUUUUUCUCGUUUGUUCGAACUGCCUCGCAUUUUAUUUUUCUUCGGUUUUAUAUGCAAAUUUUCACUGUCUGUUUUUUUGUUUUUUAUUUUCUUUUUUUUUUAAUAUAUAUAACUGGUCUCUGGUUUUAGCGCCAGUGUUCGCUGCUCUCCCGCCUUAUGUUGAACAAGCAGCAGGCGGGUCCACUUACUCAUACGGUAUUGAAAAAGGGAGGCGUAAAGUUUUUGUAGAGAAUGUACGGAUAAAGUAUUAUUAGGGGGCGGGGGUGAUUUUUCUUUCUUGCACAUUUACGUUUUGAACAGUUCCGGUACAUUUCUUAACUCCUCGCUGGGCUAAGUGGCAUUUGGAUGAUGUUUUUUUUUUUUCAGUGUAUUUUUUUUUUUUUUUUUUUGCUCUUUAAUUUAUUAUGACUGCCAUUUUCAGUUUUACCUCGCGCAAACACGGUACAGCGCCUAGCAAGGAUAGGGUAGAUCCUUUGAGGACCCCCCCCCCCCCCCCCCCCCCCCAGAACCACGUUAUUUGGAUCAUUCUCGGUAGUUCUUGACACACACACACAUUUCAUUGCAUUGGUUUAAAGUAACCUGACUGAUUUAAACACACACAUAGACGUCAAACGCAGCAGAAGUCAGAACCUUCACGCUCGUAAGGACGGUCUGAAAAAUGUAAUUUGGCUCUUUUUCUAUAGCAAAAGUGCUCAUUUUCUUUAUUUUAUCUGUCACAUUUCAGUAUUUCAAACUGGGCUGGCUCAGAUUGGACCGAACAAGAAUUUGCCUCACAAUUUUUUUUUUUCACCCGCGUGGGUUCACCUAAGAAGAACUUGCGUCGUUCUUUAGUCAAGAGAGGACUUAACGGCAUCCUUUACGCAAGUGUCAUUCUCAGUCUAUGUACAUUUUGGCCAUUUGUUUUUCCUUAUUUUGGAAAAUUAGCCAAAUUGUUUUUAUGCGUGUUAGCAAAAAAAAAAAAAAAAACGGAAUUGGGCUCAUUUUUCAAAAUUAGAUGGAAAAACGAAUGGCCAAAAUGUGCAGGGAAAAUUCUCGGCUAUUUUCUUUGUAUUUGAAUUGGCGCCGUAAGAGCGUUUCUUUUUGGUUUUUAUGUUUUGUUUUUUUUUCAUUUGCUGUGGUAUUCAGGCAAAACCAUUGUUUUUUUUCCCGGCAGUUAUUUGUAUUAAGAAAUGGAGUAUGUUUUGUAACUAUAUUCCAGUUGAUUUGCUGCUGUUGUAGUAAAGUUCUGGUUGAAUAGGGGGCCUCCGAUCCGUCUGUUUUCACCCCGUAAUCUCGGUUGAAUGGCGUUUGUUCCAUUAGCCUAAAAAAGGGUGAUUCGUACUAAAGACAUUUACUUAAGUUAGCUUUAAAAAAUAGCGUAAUACUACAAUGAUUUGUUAAUUUUUUUCCAUAUAAAAACAGUUUUAAAGAAAAAGGCUAAACAGUCUUACCUUGUAGCAUCUCGCCUGUGUGGUGCAUUAUGGGUCAACAUACCGUAAUUUUCACACUAUAAGGCGCCACCCACCAAAUUUUGACACGAAAACUACAUUUGUUCGUAGAUAAGCCGCAGCUUUCCUCGCUGCAUUAUGGGAUACUUAAACCAAAAGAUAUCGACCAGUUACACUUUGACAGCUGUCCUCAGACCAAAUGAACUAUCGUCAUCCAACAUGCCUGCUAGCAUGCAUUGAAGUGCUACAGGUGUAAAUAUCAAAUCAAAAUUCAUGUUUUAAGCUACAGUAAUUUCUGGACUAUAAGGCGCACCUGACUAUUAGCCACCAGCCACCAAAUUUUACAUGAAAACGGCAUUUGUUCAUAGAUAAGCCGCACUGGAUUUUAAGCCACAGUUGUCCUCAUUGUAUUAUCGGAUAUUUCCACCAAACUAUAUUAACUGGUAACACUUCAUUUGACAAAGGCAUUAUAAGACUGUCAUGAAACCAAAUGAACCACCAUGAAGCUUUGAACCAAUUGGCUGCAAAGCCUUACUGUUUCGAAAAUCUUCAUUUGGCCAUCACUGCUCCCUUGGGGGAGACAGUCAAGCUCUGCUGCCACCUGCUGUCAACACUGUUGUCAUCCAACAUUCCUCCUAGCAUGCAUUGCGGCACUACAGAUGUAAAUAACAAUCAAAAUUCAUGUUCUGUGCUAAUUAUUUCUUCAGUUACUGUUCCAGUUGUUUCAUUAAUUGCUAGUUAUGGUAUUUGGUAACAUUUUCUUAGAUAGUGGUGUCAUAAUACUGUCAUAAGAUAGUCAUAAUUAUGACAUGACACUGUCAUAAGUAUUAAUGAAUGCUUAUAAUAGAUGUCGGUUAGUGUCAUCCAGCAAAUUAUCUCACUUUUGAAUGGACGUAAAAGAUCUGAGCUGGACAUAAAUGGAGUUCGUGACAUAAUAUGACACAUAAGCAUUCAGUAAUGCCCAUGAUAGUGUCAUGUCAUAAUUAUGACGUUCUUAUGACAGUCUUAUGAUGCCGCUGUCAAAUAAAGUUUUACCUAUUAACCCAAAUAAAUCAUCAAAUAAGCCGCACAGGAUUCAAAAUGAGGGAAAAAAGUAGCGGCUUAUAGUCCGGAAAUUUGGGUAAUUAUUUCUUCAGUUACUGUUCCAGUUGUUUCAUUCAUUGCUUGUUAUGGAAUUUGGUAGCACUUUUAUCGACAGUGGCGCCAUCAGACUGUCACAAGACCAUCAUAAUUGUGACACUGCCAUGAGCAUUAAUAAAUGCUUAUGACAUAUGUCAUCAGGCAAAUUAUGUCACUAACUUUUGCAUCCGUUUAAAAGUGAAAUAAUUUGCCGGAUGACACUAAAUGGCAUCUGUUACAAGCAUUCAUUAAUGCCCAUGAUAAUGUCAUGUCAUAAUUAUGACUGUCUUACGGCAGUGUUAUGACGCCGCUGUCAAAU